AUGUGGGAGCGACCAAAUGUCCAGAACGAUCGGUAUCAGACCGUCGCGUCACAUAGCGACCACCGUUCCCGAUACGCUACACUGCAGAAGAUCUCAAAUCUGGUCUCGGAAUGGAUCCAAGAACUGAAAACAUCUACUUCAGAUACAUCAGUUCUUCGGAAGAGGGAGAGAAAGCCUCGGGAGGAAUCAACGUUCAUUGAUUGUGUCCCUGCGCACGCCGCAAUGUUUCUUUGGUUCGCUGAGCUCUUUGGCCGAGGGCCCGAGUAUUGCGGCACUCAGACGCCCUGGAUGGAAAGCGAAAGCUGCCCAACGCCUGUGCAUGCUUUGACUCGCCUAUAA